CAAAGAUGCCACUUUUCUAUUGUUCUUAUUUUGCCAUUCCUCUUCAAUUUUGUCCAGAUUCGAUGGAAAGGAUAUGGACCUGAGGAAGACACAUGGGAGCCAUUUGAUGGUUUAAGUGGGUGCGAAGAGAAGCUAAAGGAAUUUGUCUCAAGAGGCUACAAAUCGAAGAUCUUGCCUUUGCCGGAGACAGUUGAUGUUAUAUGUGGCGGUCCUCCAUGCCAAGGGGUUAGCGGAUUCAACCGCUUUAGGAAUCGUGAAAACCCUUUAAUGGAUGAGAAGAACAAACAGCUUAUUGUAUUCAUGGAUAUAGUAGCUUUCUUGAAGCCAAGGUUUGUGUUGAUGGAAAAUGUGGUCGACAUAGUUAAGUUUUCUGGUGGCUUCCUUGGAAGAUAUGCUCUUGGUCGACUCGUUGGCUUGGAUUAUCAAGCGAGAAUGGGAAUUAUGGCGGCUGGUGCUUAUGGGCUCCCACAAUUUCGCUUGCGUGUCUUCAUAUGGGCCGCACUUUCAAACGAGGUAAUAUUUCCUAUAGUUGAACAAGGGACAGAAAAUGACUCGUCUUUCCCUGUCGAAUUGGGGUCUUGUGUUGGUC